AUGGACACAUCACAGCCCGAGACGGUCUCGAUAUCGCCGUUGCUCAAGAGUCUGGCGUAUCCGAAUACCUCGCAGAUCAAGGCCUCCGCAGGGGAUAUCGCUGCCGCUUUCGCACUCAUAUUCGAGGACAAGCUGUCUGUUAUCCAGACUGCGGCGUUGCUCACGCUCCUACAUUCGACAGGACUAGAUAAGAACCCCGAUGUCAUCGCUCAAUGCUCCCAUCGAAUGAGAGAAGCUGCCACGAAGACGGAAAAGGGCCCAUUGCUGGAUGUCCUCCAGAGACGGGGACGAAAGGAAGGAUCCUACAAUGGUGGACUGUGUGAUAUCGUCGGCACGGGCGGCGACCACCACUCCACGUUCAACAUCUCCACGACCUCCUCCAUCGUCGCCUCGCCGUUUCUCAUGACUGCUAAACACGGGAACCGGGCUCAAACCUCCUUCUCUGGAUCCGCGGACGUCCUCAUGCACAUCGCUCCCACCCCACCAAAGAUCGCAGCCGUCAACUCGGAGAACCUUGCCAAGGUCCUCGAACAGACCAAUUAUGCCUUCCUGUUCGCGCCCGUCUUCCAUCCUGGUAUGAUGUACGCCAACCCCGUCAGGAAAGGGCUGGGUUUGAGAACCAUAUUCAACCUUAUGGGACCCCUGGCCAACCCGGUAGACUGGGCCAUUGAAGCUCGAAUCGUGGGAGUCGCGUACCAGGCUCUUGGACCCGUGUUCGCCGAUGCCCUCCGCCUAAGCGGCGUGACCAAGGCGAUGGUGGUGUGCGGUGAAGAAGAUCUAGAUGAAAUAAGUUGCGCCGGCAAGACGAAUAUUUGGAGAAUCUUGGAGUGCGAUGAGUCCGAAGCCACUCCCGUGACAUUAACCCAGGCAUAUGACGAGGAAGGAAACGAACGUAAAUUGAAGCCAACCAAGAUCGAGAAGUUCUCGGUCGAAGCUGCGGACUUUGGUCUGCCUGCUCACCCACUGUCGGAAGUCGGAGGUGGUAAGGGCCCGCGUGAGAAUGCCCUGAAGUUGAUCAGCAUCCUACGCAAUGAGUUGCCUCGCGAUGACCCAGUCUUGCACUUUGUGUUGAUGAAUGUUGCGGGACUGCUGGUCAUUUCUGGUCUCUGCGAUGCUGACACUAGCAAUAUGGGCCCUGGAGAUGACGGCAAGGUGAUCACCGAGCGUGGACCUGGCGGGCUUAGAUGGAAAGAAGGUCUGAGGCGUGCUCGCUGGGCCAUCGAGAGCGGAGAGGCAUAUAAAUGUCUCGAGGCAUUCAUCAAAGUAUCCAACACGUUCUAG